UGAAUAACGAGCACAACGUCCGACUAACUUCCGGCCUUUAAACCAAUCAACUUAGCCUUUUUUCAGACGCGUCCAUACGUGCAAAGGGAUUGGCUUGUUCAAUUUCCAUCACCUCUUUUUGAAUUUGGUCUUAGUUCACAUGGGACUGUUUAUUUUCAUGAACUUCAUGUAGUCAGACAGGCGUAUUUUCAGACACUACAGAUUAGUACUGCAUCAGCGGCAAGAAUUGCUGACCUCUAAGUUUCCUGGGUGUAAAUCCCUUUUUUGAAUAAAGGGUCAGCCAAGAUGGAGAUGAACUUGGCUGGAAAGGCUCUUCUCGCCUGGGUGAACAGUUUAAAACUGUGUGACACAGAGCUAACCAUCGAGGACUUACAGGACGGGCUGGUCUUACUGAAGCUUGUUAAUAAACUGAAAAAGCAGCCCACCGCCUGUUUGAACGCUUCCUCUGAUGAUCCGUUCAGAGUCGUUGCAAAGUUCCUAGAAAGGGACUGCAGAUUUAAUGGGAGCAAGGGCACUUCACUAUAUUGGGACCACAUAAGAGAUGGCAUCAAUGCAACAGCUGAAAUUUCAAAGGUGCUCUUAUUGCUUGUAUAUCACGAUAUGAUGAAUGACCACAGCACUCUGAACAUGCUGGACUGUGAUGUGGAGCGGGAACUAGCACACCUAACUAGUUCCUUUGUGAUGGAGCGUGAGGGCUGUGUUUAUCUGAGCGAUGACCUUGAUGCUCAUUUGAGAGGAAGAAAUUUGACUCUCUCGCAAGAAAUAUUUGAGCAAUCAGUGACCACCUCUACCUCCAACGUGUCAGCCCUCUCCUCGCUCUACUGUGAUGAGUCUCCCGUCUUCCACCGAACAAAUAAAAUUAAAUUUGUGGACAUAGAAACUGUGGCUUCUUCCUCAGUGAGCAGUUCUCCUCUGGAGGAGGUAAUGAACACACCUAAAUUUCAGCUGAGGAAAAUACAGCGACAGAUGAUCAAGGAGCGAGACUACAGAGACGGUUUGGAGAAGGAGCUGGCCAGCAAGAUAGCGCUCAUUGAACAGAGAGAGUCUCACAUUAACCAGUUGCAGUACCGCCUGGAUAAACUGAAAGAAGAGCAGGGUGAUCAGGAGCAUGUUACCAGAGAACAAAUCAGUGAGCUUGAGAUCAAGAACAGUGACUUACAAAAACGUCUUCAAGAGACAGUGAAGCAAAAUAAAGACCUCAAGACAAACACUUCAUUUAUGGAGCGCAAAGUGGAUGAACUUACAGAAGAGAACGGAGUGCUUUCUUCUCAGGUGAGAGCAGUGUGCUCACAGCUUGCCAUCUUUGAGACAGAAGUUGGCAGACUGACAGAAAAUCAAGCAUCUUCUCAGGAGGAGUGGAGAAACAAGACAAGCCUCCUACGGUCCGAGCUCGACCAAACAACUGCUCAAAAGGAGCUCCUCACUGAACAAAUUCAGAUCCUCCAAGGAAAGAUUUCCUGUUUGGAGGAUGAAAUAAAAAGGGCCAGUCAGGAAGACGUAGGAGAGAAUAUGGGACCUGUAGUAGAGAGAGAAAUGCUGGAGACUGAAAUCAGGGGUUUGAAGAGUGAGCUGGAGAACACACAUUCCUCCCUGACGAAGGCUGAGCUGGAGAUUCAAGCUAAAACUCAGCAGCUGGAGGGAUACCAGCAAGAAAUCAGGGAGAUAACUGAACAGAGGACAGUUCUUCAGGAAGAGAUUCGGGUUCUCAAGCUUCAACUUGAGGAAGUGGAGCAGCAAAAAACUGAGCAGAUGGACAGGCUUCAACAGCACAUUGCUGCGUGUGAACAAGAAAUUGAAAAACUACAGGAAAUUAAGAAAGCAAAGGAAGAUCUUCUUUGUCAGACUGAAGAAAAGGUGAAUGAUCUUGAGACAAAGUUAGCGGCUGCUACUUCUCUGUUGGCUGUUAAAGAGCACCAAAUUAACAGUCUCAAAGAUGAAGUUGACAUGCUUACAGAUGAAACUAACAAAAACAAAGAUGAAAUUCAAGCCAAAGAAGAAGAACUUGCCAAGUUACUUUUUGAGAAGUCUAACGUUCAAGCAAUUCUCCAGGACAAAAUCCAGAUCUUAACAGCUCAAGUGGAAGACCUUAGCUCAUCUCUGAAACAGGCUGAGCAGGAAAUUCACCUUAAGCACGAAUUACUGGAUAAAACCCAACAAGAGACUGUCCAGCAAAGAGAGCUACUUCAACAACAGAGUGCUCAGCACAUGGAGGCCUUCCAGAAGCAGAAGAUGGCAUCUGAAGAUGAGAUAAAGAGGCUAAAUGCAGAGAUUCACACUAAGGAAGAACAGCUCACUCAGCUAAAAACUGAGGCCACUACACGCACUGAAUUGUUACAGCAGGAGGCUGACGCUCUGAACUACCAAAUAAAAAGCAUGAGCCAAUCACUUGAGAUCUCCAAGGACCAGGUUCAAGCGAAAGAAGCUCUGAUAGCCAAGCAGCAAGAGGAAAGCAAUGUGCAGAUUGAGGAACUUAGGAAACACAUUGCAGUUCUUGAGGAAGAUAUCAGUAAACUGAAGCAGGAGCUCCAGACCAAAGAGAUUCAGGUAGAUAAGAUGAAGUCUGACAGCUGCAAGGAGUCAGAGACCCUACAGAAUGAGAUCCAAACUCUCCAGGAUCAAGUACAAAAUUUGAAUGAAUCACUGAGGACUACAACAGAGCAGGUUCAGGCUAAAGAAAACCUGCUGGCACAGAAAGAAUUGGAGUUUUCUCAGGAAAAGGAUUCACUUCAAAAUAUGAUGAUGACCUCUGAAGAGGAGAUAAAAAGGCUGAGGGAGCAAGUCGAGGCCAAAGAGGAACAACUGGUCACGCUUAGAAAAGAGGGCUCCAUACACUCGGACACGCUACAGCAAGAGAUCCAAUCUCUAAAAAACCAGCUGGAUGAUAUGAGAGACUCUCUCACAAAGGCAGAGGGGAAGGUUCAGACUCAACUAGUCAUGCUUAACAAACAGGAACAGGAGAGCGCUCAGCAGAAGGAGCUUCUGCAGCAACAACUGUCUGCUUCUGAGGAAGCGAUGAGCAGGAUGAAAAAUGAGAUCCAAGCAAAGGAGGAGCAGAUGGCUCAGCUAAAAACGGAGGCCUCUACAUGCACUGAAUUGUUGCAACAGGAGGUUGACAGUCUUAACAACAACAUCAAAAACAUGAGCCAUUCUCUUGAGAUUGCCAAGGACCAGGUUCAAGCAAAAGAAGCUCUGAUAGCCAAGCAUCAAGAGGAAUGCGCCUUUCAGAUUGAGGAACUUAGGAAAACCAUUGCAGUUCUUAAUGAAGAAAUCAGUCAACUGAAGCAGGAGCUCCAGACCAAAGAGAUUCAGGUAGAUAAGAUGAAGUCUGACAGCUGCAAAGAGUCAGAGACCCUGCAGAAUGAGAUCCAAACUCUCCAGGAUCAAGUACAAAAUUUGAAUGAAUCACUGAGGACUACAACAGAGCAGGUUCAGGCUAAAGAAAACCUGCUGGCACAGAAAGAAUUGGAGUUUUCUCAGGAAAAGGAUUCACUUCAAAAUAUGAUGAUGACCUCGGAAGAGGAGAUAAAAAGGCUGAGGGAGCAAGUCGAGGCCAAAGAGGAACAACUGGUCACACUUAGAAAAGAGGGCUCCAUACAUUCGGACACGCUACAGCAAGAGAUCCAAACUCUAAAAAACCAGCUGGAUGAUAUGAGAGACUCUCUCACAAAGGCAGAGGGGAAGGUUCAGACUCAACUAGUCAUGCUUAACAAACAGGAACAGGAGAGCGCUCAGCAGAAGGAGCUUCUGCAGCAACAACUGUCUACUUCUGAGGAAGAGAUGAGCAGGAUGAAAAAUGAGAUCCAAGCAAAGGAGGAGCAGAUGGCUCAGCUAAAAACGGAGGCCUCUACAUGCACUGAAUUGUUGCAACAGGAGGUUGACAGUCUUAACAACAACAUCAAAAACAUGAGCCAUUCUCUUGAGAUUGCCAAGGACCAGGUUCAAGCAAAAGAAGCUCUGAUAGCCAAGCAUCAAGAGGAAUGCACCUUUCAGAUUGAGGAACUUAGGAAAACCAUUGCAGUUCUUGAGGAAGAAAUCAGUCAACUGAAGCAGGAGCUCCAAACUAAAGAAUUUGAGGUAGCAAAGAUGAAGUCUGACACCUGCAAGGAGUCAGAGACCCUACAGAAUGAGAUCCAAACUGUCCAGGAUCAAGUACAGUGUUUGAAUGAAUCGCUGAAGACUGCAACAGAGCAGGUUCAGGCUAAAGAAAACCUGCUGGCACAGAAAGAAUUGGAGUUUUCUCAGGAAAAGGAUUCACUUCAAAAUAUGAUGAUGACCUCUGAAGAGGAGAUAAAAAGGCUGAGGGAGCAAGUCGAGGCCAAAGAGAAACAACUGGUCACGCUUAGAAAAGAGGGCUCCAUCCAUUCGGACACGCUACAGCAAGAGAUCCAAACUCUAAAAAACCAGCUGGAUGAUAUGAGAGACUCUCUCUCAAAGGCAGAGGGGAAGGUUCAGACUCAACUAGUCAUGCUUAACAAACAGGAACAGGAGAGCGCUCAGCAGAAGGAGCUUCUGCAGCAACAACUGUCUGCUUCUGAGGAAGAGAUGAGCAGGAUGAAAAAUGAGAUCCAAGCAAAGGAGGAGCAGAUGGUAAUACUGAAGGCUGACAGCUCAGAGCAGUGGGAUUUGCAACAUCAAGAGAUCCAAAGUUUAAAGAAACAGGUAGAGACUCUUGGCUCCUCGCUGAGGAAGGCUGAGGCAGACAUGCAGUCCAAGGAGGAUCUGUUGUCUCAGCAAAAGCAAGAAAAUGCUCGACAACAGGAGGAACUCCAAAGCCUUCAGGAAAAAGUUCAUCAAGUGGACAUCCUGCAGAAACAGAUUUCAGCACGUGAAGAAGAAAUUCAAAGUGAGAAAGAACGCCUCCUCCUGGAAGCUGAGGAGAAGCUUAAAACCCUUCAGACAGAGUUGUCCCUUGUGAACACCCUUGUCGCUGAUAAAGACCAAAAAAUAUAUGCACUCAGAGAGGAAGUCACUGCUCAGUCUAAUUUGGUGCAAAAAGCAAGAGUUGAAGCAGAAGUCAGUGAGAAAACUAUGGCUGAGAUAAAAGAGGAGGGCUCCAAACAGAUUGAUGUUCUCCAACAUGAGAUGCAGAAUCUGAAAAAGGAGGUCGAAACCAUUUCUCAAAGACUUCUUGUUAAAGAGCAGGAAUUACUUGAAACUCAGCAGGAGUCUGCUCAGCAGAUAAACCUCCUCCAGCAACAACUUGCAUCAGCAAAUGGAGAGCUGAACCAACACAAAGAGACACUAUCUGCAAACCUUAGGUUGAAAGAGUUGCAGGUUACAACACUCAAAGAGAAGGAGGUUCUUGUUCAGGAAAAAGAGGCACUUCUCACCAGGAUAUUCCAGGCAGAAAAGGAUCAGGGAAUUCUGCAGAAACAAGUCGAAGCCAUGGUCUGUGAGAAAGAGAGACUUCUUCAGGCCAAUCAGGCCAUAGAGAGAGAGAAUGCAGUCUCACGUAAGUUUGAAUCUGUACUGCAACAAGAGCUGGAAAUACUGAAACUGGAGAAUGAGAAAUUGUUGAAGGAGAGAGAGAAAUCCAAAGAAAUGGAGCUGAUCAGGAGAGAGCUACAGGAACAGCUUGCAACAAAAUCAGAGGCUGCUGAACACUACAAGGCUCAGAUGGAGAAGGCUGCAAGUCAUUACGACAGCAAGAAGCAGCUUCUCCAGAAAAGCCAAGAGGAAGUGGAUGCGCUCAAAAGUUCUCUUGAAGUUAAAGAACGUGAAAUGCAGACUAUUAUCAUGGAGAAAAAGCUGCUUCAACUGGAUUUGGACAAGGCCAAAACCAACGAGAAGACACUUUCAAGCAAGGUGGCCAGCUUGGAGGCACAGCUGACCUUUGCUGACCAUAACUUGAGAGCACAGAACAAGAUUCAUUCCAAUGGAGGCAGUGCAGCAGGCUUGGGUUUCUUUGAGGCCCCCUACUCAGACUCAGGUGUUUUUACUAGAGCACAGGUGAAGAGAGCCAUGAGCUCAGACAGCCUAGACCAGAGCACGCUGGAAGGCACUCUGAACUCCACAAGAAAGCUGUCAGAGCCCGGUGAAUCCAGCACGCCACUUGCUCGCAGCUCAGAACGCUUGGCAGCCAAACGCCGCGAGUCGCUGGAAACUUUGUACUUUACACCUAUAAACACCAGGACCAGGGCAGAAGGAAAUAUGAAUUCAACCCUAAAAAAUCCAACUUCAUCUGUCAAACGGCGCAGAACCACACAGGUUAUAAACAUCACUAUGACCAAGACUCCUGGCUGCAGUGAAGCUGAUGAGACCUUCUACAGCCUGGCUUUAGCGCGCUCCCAGCCGAACCUUUCCAAUGCCAUCUCUGCCCAGCCUGUGUGUACGGAGCUGUUUAACAGCCCUGCCAGAAGGACCAGAAGGACCAGCUGUGCCAGUGACCAACUCACUGGGCUUCCAGGGUACAGACGGAGCACCAUCCAUGCACAACCCGUCAGUACCUUCUGCGUGGGAGCAGAGAACGAGCCUGACGGUGCACCUGAAGACUGGCUGAGGAUUGCUGAGCUCCAGUCCAGGAACAAGGCCUGUCUGCCUCAUCUGAAGAGCAGCUACCCUGUAGAGUCUGAGACUGGCAGAAAUGGUCCAUUGGUGUUCACAGAGGAAGAGUUACGUUCAGGCGACCCGUCUGACACAAUCCGUCGGGUGUCCAUGAUUCCAGGCCAGCUGCGGGAUUCCCUCAUCUCCCAUCGGCACUCUCUCAUGUUGGGACAGGCGGGGGCUGCUGCCGGCACUCGUCCCGACCGUCUGUCCUUGAUGCCAGGCCAGCUACCGUCAAAGACUCUCAGCUCCUAUGAGCUGAGAAGCCCAAAAGGCACAAAUCGGGCUUCAUCAAACCUGUCUCUACAUCAGAUGUCACCUGAGCAAAAGACAAGAGCCAGCUGUUUCCCUCGUCCACUCACCCCCAAGAACAAGAACAUGAGCAGUGGACGUUCCAGCUCUUCUCUCCACCCGGCCCCCAGUCCAGCUGACCGGAGGCAGUCGAUGAUGUUUACGAUUGAAAACACCCCAAAAAAGGACAACUACCUGAAGAAACAUCUGAACAAGCUGCGCGGCUCUGCACGAAAAUCCCCAGGCAACAGUUUGAAAAAGUUGCCUGCUCCGACAAGUGCCCGCAAAUGCCAGGAACAAAAGCCGUCGGGGAGUUCACGUGCCAUGAGACAAGCUGGAAAAGUUGGAAGCUUCAAAUCACCGCAGGUGGCAACGAAAGGAUCGAGGAAAUCUCCCCAAGCCACUGGCAGAUUUACAAAGUCUCCUGGAUUGACAGCCAGCGCUCGCAAGGUGAUGCGAAAGAUGAAAGUCUGAAGACCGAUCGCCUCCUCCUUCCACCCACGCCUUCACAUACACACAAGUAGUUCAUCAGGACUUUUUUGUUAACAGUCCUCCAUUUUUUUUUUUUCCUGUAUUCUAUGUACACGUUUGUCACUGAAAUGGUUUAAAUGACAUUUCAGGAAAUUCUGGAUCUGUUUAUUGUGCGACGAUUGAAUUUUAUAUUUUUAAAAAAAAAAAUUUCUCAUUGAUUUGAGAGUUCUAGCACUUCAUUUCACUGAUGGUGCCAUAAGCUGUCAGAACAAUAUGCAUUAAUGAGUCAUGCAAAUGUUUGGUAAUGCUAAUUAUUAAAUCAGUUUCAUUUACCAAAAAGUGUCCAGUUUGUGUUUCCUACCCAAAAUGCAAUUAUAGUUUUCAGAGGGUGCACUCUCUCUUUGAUCAAGAUAUUGCUGGAGGAGGUGUGGUUGGAAAAAUCCUAUUGUGAGUAAGAUACUUUUAGUACUAUUGCUUUUAAAUGUCAUUGAGAUUUAAUGUAUUAAUAUUCUGUUCAAAGAAUUUGGAUGUAAAAUCCAAUAUUAGAUGUCCAACUAAUGACAAAGCUUCAUCAUUAGCCUAUAAAUGGUAAAACUAUGUACACUGAAUAGUCAAAAUUGUACUUUAUUGCAUCACUCUACUGUGCAACUCCAGAGACCGUUCUGUAUAAAUGAGCUGCAGAAAGAUGGCGCUAGUGUCCCUGUAAUGUUCAGCAUGGGACUUCAGACUGCUUUGUAACCUGGAUAUUUAAAAUAGCUAAUUCAUAGUAUGUCAAACAUAAUUUAGAUUCAGCUUAUGCAGUCUUGCUAUUUCGAGCCUAAUUUCAAUAAUAAACAUAACAUUUUUGCACAGAAUUUGAAUAUAAUAGAUCAUUGUCAUAUAUCAUUAUACUAAAAUUAAGAUAUCCAAUUUAAAAUAUAAUUUUAUUCUGUACUUCCUCCAGCAACACCUUGAUCCAGGACGCAUCAUAGUCCAUUGACAUUUCUGUUUUUGGGGUAGUUGUGACUACACUUGGGCACUGGGUGUCUCUGUUUUGGUGUUUGCUGGGUGCUUUGUUCUGCAGGAGCUUAUUGGAUGUUGCUGUAUGACCUACACCUGAGGCCGGAGAGCUGAGAUAUUAAAGCUCCCUUCUUCCUGUAGACUCUGACUGAUUGAUUCAGCUCCCUGUUUGUUAUUGUGCAGUUUUGUCUUGGAAUGAGAGCACAAUUCAGUUAUUUUUGUUAAAGGAUUUUUAAA